GGACACCUCAUCACUUAGACGCCUUCCCGUCUUGGUCUCUCUUCCCGUUCCUUCCCCUCUUCUUCCCUUCUUCUCCCUCAUCCCUUACGAUUCCUCUCCUUGAUUGUUCCCAAUCCCAAUCUAUACUCGAUACCGAUCGAAGAGCGAAAGUGUUCGGAUCGCAUCCAUCUCCAACUUGAGCUCUAAUUUGCGAUCGUGGAGAAGAACAGGGAAAAGGAUAAGGGAAAGAGCACAGGAAGCAAUCGCCCAUCACUCGGUCAGUCGGCGCCAUCUGGACUCCUGUGGGAAUCGGUUUGAGGAUCAAAAUCAGUUGAUUGAUCAUAAGACGUAAUGCAGCGAUUAGAUCUGGGUGUUGCUUCGCUACAAUAUGGAGUUCAUUGGUCUUUUGGAGUGGUGCUUUGGCAAUGGUGGUUAAUGGCAUAAGCUUCAUCUUGAAUUCCCUGUGCUCUUGGUCUUUGGGGCACUUUAGGAUCAGGACAGUGCCCGAUGGAUGCCACCACUAGUGGUAGCAGUUCCUCCAUACCAUUUCACACCAUUGUAGAUCCAUCGCUCUCUCUCAUGCCCCCAUUACAGCAGACCUUCCAACGGGUGCAAAGGCAUUGCUUUGGUGACUUGACCCCAGGGGAAUUCCCCUUGGCUGCAAGCCCCUCUAUCGUUCUCCAUGUUCUUACCGCUUGCAAUUUGGACCCCCAGGAUCUUGCUAAUCUGGAGGUGACAUGUACAUUUUUCAGGAAGCCUGCCAAUUUCACUCCCGACUUCCAGUUAUCUAUUACGGAGCUUGCAGCAUUGGACAUGUGCCAGAAGAGGGCCAUCUUUAAGCCGAUGACUUCAGAAGAAAGGGGCUUUCUAAAGCAACGCUGUGGGGGAUCUUGGAAACUAGUUCUUAGGUAUAUAUUGGCAGGUGAGGCAUGUUGCCGAAGAGAAAAUUCUCAGGCAAUUGCUGGACCUGGUCACAGUAUUGCUGUCACUUCAUCUGGAUCUGUGUACUCCUUUGGGUCGAACAGCUCAGGGCAGCUUGGCCAUGGCACCUUGGAGGAAGAGUGGCGGCCACGACUCAUAAGAUCACUGCAAGGCAUUCGGAUCAUUCAAGCAGCUGCUGGAGCAGGGAGGACAAUGCUGAUCAGUGAUGCUGGGCGAGUUUAUGCAUUUGGAAAGGACUCAUUUGGGGAGGCAGAAUAUGCAGUUCAAGGGUCCAAGGUUGUGACCACGCCUCAAAUGGUGGAAUCAUUGAGAGACAUAUAUGUGGUUCAAGCAGCAAUAGGGAACUUCUUCACUGCAGUCCUUUCUCGAGAAGGCAGGGUAUACACUUUCUGUUGGGGAAAUGACUCAAAGCUAGGCCACCACACCGAACCAAAUGACCUGGAACCACGGCUUCUGUUAGGCCCUCUUGAGAAUGUACCAGUUGUUCAGAUUGCUGCUGGCUACUGUUACCUUCUAGCACUGGCUUGUCAACCAAGCGGCAUGUCUGUCUACUCUGUGGGCUGUGGCUUAGGAGGGAAGCUCGGGCAUGGUUCCAGGACAGAUGAAAAGCACCCAAAGUUAAUCGAGCAGUUCCAGGCUUUAAACCUGCAGCCUACAGUGGUUGCAGCUGGUGCCUGGCAUGCCGCUGUUGUUGGAAGAGAUGGGCGGGUGUGCACAUGGGGAUGGGGGCGUUAUGGCUGCUUGGGCCAUGGGAAUGAGGAUUGUGAAUCUGUUCCCAAGGUGGUUGAAUCAUUGGACAACAUUAAGGCUAUACAUGUCGCAACAGGCGACUACACUACGUUUGUCGUCUCCGAUACUGGGGAUGUCUACUCAUUUGGAUGUGGAGAAUCCUCAAGCUUGGGUCAUUCCACUGCCAUUGAUGGACAGGGUAACAGACAUGCCAAUGUACUCAGCCCAAGAUUAGUAACUUCACUUAAGGACAUCAAUGAAAGGGUAGUGCAGAUUAGCCUCACCAACUCAAUCUACUGGAAUGCACAUACCUUUGCCUUGACAGAUUCUGGGAGAUUGUAUGCAUUUGGAGCAGGGGACAAGGGGCAGCUUGGCGUCGAACUUGUCGCACAGCAGACCGAAAGGGAAACUCCAGAGUGCGUCGAAAUCGACCUUAGUUAGCAUCAUCUCCUGACCCCUGUUGAUUCUUUGCAGCAAGCUUGGGUUUCUCCUGACGUAUAAUCAAUCAAAAGCUCCUCUUGCGCACAUAACUCUUGUACAUAACAAAAAAACUCAUUAAAUGCAUGGCCGAGCUCGGGGAAGUGCGCAGGUGGUGAUGAUGGAAUUGGAUGAAAAGCUGUGUCGUUAGCUACUUAGCAAUUUGCAGUGUGUCAACUUGUUGUUUUCUUUCUCUCGUUUCAUUGAUUGGCUGCAGAAUAACGAUGUUAUGACUCUAUGCAUCCAAAUGGUGUCAAUGGUAUCCCUGUGUUCUAAGCUAGAGCCAGUUGAAGUACUUUUCUUGUUCA